AUGAAGGUAUCCUAUUUGCUACUACAAAUAAUAGUCUCCCACUUUGCCAUUUACGCUUCAGAUGCCUUUUAUCACAACCACUGUAAUCGGCGACGAGUCCGUCCUCAGUUUCAGUUGGAUGAUUGCUACUUGCCUCCCUUGGAUACCUCCUUAACCCUGUCGGAGGCCUCCUUUUUGAUGAGCCAUGAUUCGGCUACUGGGUAUAUCAAACGAGGUAGCUUGAGUGCCUCAGGUUUGACUUGGCGCUACAGCAAGAAUCAAGUGGGAACCGUCUAUCAACAAUUGGAAGAUGGAGCCAGAGCCUUGGACUUGCGUCCCAAGUUACUCGCCAAUGGAACUGUCAUAUUUCAACACGGAAGCAUUAACAUUCCAGUCCUCUUUCAAAGUCUGGUAGCAGAUGCCGUCCAAUGGUGUGGAGAUAACCCAGACGAACUGGUAUUGAUUCUUUCCUCGGAUUUUGCCUAUCAAACAUCCAGUCUCUAUGAUGACGACGACGACUUUUAUGCAGACGAACAAGACGACACGCCCCGCAUUGUCACGGCCAUGUCCAAAAUCUACGACACUCUGGGAGUCACCUACUUGCACUGCAAUGAAGUCUACGGUUUGACCAUUGCUGAGAUUAUGGAACUGACGCAGCUACUCAAUGGUGGAUAUCUAUUGGCCCUGGAUGGCCAAGAUUACUAUGGCACACCCUGUGCCAAACCCAACUGGGUGGAAAGUCAACUGGUGGGAUGCUACUCCCAAACUCUUUCCUGUGUCCGCCACGACACUGUCCAAUUCAAUGCCUUGACGAGUUACAUACUCGCCAGUGCCAACAACGAGCCCACAAAUGACAGAUCUGUCUUGGGCCCUCCAGCUAACCUGGUCAACUUUCCACUCAACGAAGUCCAAGCACUGUGGCAAGUCACGGCCGCUUCCGCCGUGAUUGGGACGGCCCACUCGUCCUCCAUUCUACACGACAAUGAAAAGUCCGACAUCAACGAGUACGUGAUGAAUAUGGUAUAUCAAGGACAACUACUGGAUGCCGUCUCGGUCUUGGCCGUGGACAAUGUCGCAAAGAAUGGCAAUGCCCUUCUCUCCGUGCUACGGACUGCGUGUGGACAAUCGUCCGAUCUGACAGCAGAGUCCUGUGGACUGGCUAUUGACAAACCCAAACUGUCAUACUUUCGUUUUUCCAAACUCGGGUUUGCCAUGCUAGUAUCCGUCUAUGUACUGAUUGUACUCUGGAUUGGUGCCACUGUCGUUGUGGCAAUCCAAGACGAGGAAACAAACUGGCAUCCCAGACUGUUUUACACCAUCUUUCAGCGAUUGUCGGAUAAGAUCCACGCAAGGUCCACUGUUUCUGCUGACGAUACAUGUAACACUAGUACUGGUAAAACAGAGCAACUACUCUAA